AUGGUGAUUGUAGGGAGUAAAGGGCAGGGUCAGAACAAUGGAACUGACAUGACUCCACUUCAGAAGCAUGUGUCCUUCUUCGACAGGAACAAAGAUGGCGUCAUCUACCCGACGGAGACAUACGAAGGAUUUCGCGCUAUUGGGUGCAGCAUUCCCUUGUCCGCCAUGAGCGCCCCUUUAAUCCACGCCUUCCUCAGUCCGAAAACCAACAAUGGAAGCCUACCGGCAAUCACACUCCCUAUUAUCGUAGCCAACAUUGCAAAAGGCAAACAUGAAAGUGACACUGGUGCCUACGACACUACGGGAAUGUUUGUUCCCGAAAAAUUUGAGGAGAUUUUUAGAAGCAUGCACAUGCACACUAAUCCUAAUGCAUUGACAUCUGAUGAGUUGAAAGAGAUGCUUAAGGCGAAUCAACAACCUAAUGACCAGUGGGUUACUUCGAUUAGUGGAAGCUAUGCAUAUAGGAAACUUGUUGAUUAA